AUGAGUGCAUCUUCAAGAGUUGAGACAGCGGAAGUGGCGCCGCCGCAUUUCACCGCCAUCACCGCCAUCACCGCCAUCACCGCCAUCACCGCCAUCACCGCCAUCACCGCCAUCACCGCCAUCACCGCCAUCACCGCUGAUCUGUUAAUCUCGUUAUCCGGACCAUGGGAGGAGAGACACCGCCCUGACCGUGGCGUAAAGGGGGUUGGCUUGCCUUGUGCGCACUGCUCUUUUCUCCUGGAGCGCGCAGCAGCAGAGCGUUCACCUUCUCUCCGCUCUGUCACAGCCACAUCCGAGCCAGGCCUCAACCGGAACGCACGCACCAAAGCCCCGUUGGAUCCACCCGCUCCCACCGCCUCUGCUCUCGCUGCCUCGGGUUACAAUCUUUGCCCGUUCUCCCGACGACACGUCACUCUUCAUUUGGAUUUGAAUUGUCUUCUGUUAGGCAAAACUUUAAAAAAUACCAGGAUGACUCCCAAUGGAUAUUUGAUCUUCGAGGAUGAGAGUUUUCUGGAUUCCACUGUGGCCAAAAUGAACGCUCUGAGGAAGAGUGGUCAGUUCUGCGACGUCCGACUGCAGGUGCGUGGUCAUGAACUGAUGGCUCACCGCGCCGUCCUGGCCUGUUGCAGCCCGUACCUGUUUGAGAUCUUCAACAGUGACCUGGAGCCUCAUGGAGUGUCCCAUGUCACCUUUGAAGACCUGGAGCCCGAGGCUGUGGAGGUGCUGCUCAACUACGCCUACACUGCCCAGCUGAAGGCCGACCGAGAGCUGGUGAAGGACGUCUACUCUGCGGCCAGGCGCUUUAAGAUGGAGCGUGUCAAACAGAUCUGUGGGGACUACCUGCUGUCUAAAAUGGAUUCGCAGAAUGCAAUCUCCUUCCGGAACUUUGCCAGUUCCAUGGGAGACGGCAGAGUUUUGGCCAAAGUGGACGCAUACAUCCAGGACCAUCUGCUGGAAGUGUCCGAACAAGAGGACUUCCUCAAACUCCCCCGCCUCAAGUUAGAAAUAAUGCUAGAAGACAACCUGGCCCUGCCCAGCAACGGAAAGCUCUACUCGAAGGUGCUGAGCUGGGUGCAGCGAAGCCUGUGGGAGAACGGGGAACAACUGGAGCGCUUGAUGGAGGAGGUGCAAACACUCUACUACUCGGCCGACCAUAAGCUGCUGGACGGCGGCCUGCUGCUGAUCGAAGGCCACAGUGAGGUGUUUGGUGGCGACGAGGACCACCUUCAGUUUGUGCAGAAGAAAGCGGUACGAGAGAGCGCCCAGAGACAAAUGAGCUGCAGCUCCACCGGCAGCCUUUCACCCUCCAACCAGGCAGCCAAUGUGCCCAAGUCGACCCGCAGAGAGUGGAAGUACAUCGCCUCGGAGAAGACCACAAACAACACGUACCUGUGCCUGGCGGUGCUGGACAGCGUGCUGUGUGUGAUUUUCCUGCACGGCCGCAGCAGCCCGCAGACGUCCCCUUCGGCUACCCCCUGUCUGAUGAAGAGCCUGAGCUUUGAGGCCCAGCCUGAGGAGCUGGAGGAGCAUCCGCUGUCUCCCAUGCAGUACGCUCGCUCUGGCCUGGGCAUCGCAGCGCUCAACGGAAAGAUCAUUGCAGCAGGAGGCUACAACCGAGAGGAGUGUCUGAGGACGGUGGAGUGCUACGAGCCGCUGGACGACCACUGGACCUUCAUCGCGCCCAUGCGCACUCCCCGUGCACGCUUCCAGAUGGCCGUGCUCAUGGGUCAGCUCUACGUGAUUGGAGGAUCUAACGGCCACUCGGACGAGCUGAGCUCUGGUGAGACGUACAAUCCGCAAGCUGACGAGUGGUUGCAGGUGCCAGAGCUCAGAACCAACCGGUGCAAUGCAGGUGUCUGUUCUUUAAACAACAAACUCUAUGUGGUGGGUGGUUCUGAUCCAUGUGGGCAGAAAGGCCUGAAGAACUGUGAUGCUUUUGACCCGGUGUCCAAGACGUGGGCCAACUGUGCCUCUCUUAACAUCAGGAGGCACCAGGCCGCUGUGUGUGAGCUGGAAGGCUUCAUGUAUGUGAUUGGUGGAGCAGAGUCCUGGAACUGUCUGAACAGUGUGGAGCGCUACAACCCAGAGAACAACACCUGGACCCUGGUGGCCCCCAUGAACGUGGCCCGUAGGGGGGCUGGCGUGGCCGUGCAUGCAGGCAAACUGUUUGUCGUUGGUGGUUUCGACGGCUCCCAUGCGCUGCGCUGUGUGGAGAUGUAUGACCCGGUACGUAACGAGUGGAGGAUGCUGGGUAAUAUGACUGCCUCGCGCAGCAACGCCGGUGUAGCCAUGCUGGGAAAUAACAUCUACGCUGUGGGCGGCUUCGACGGCAACGAAUUCCUCAACACCAUGGAAGUGUACAACCCGGAGAUGGACGAGUGGAACGACUGCACCACCUCCCCCUCCCCAGUGUCUGACUGA